AAUUAAUUAAUAAUGAAUCACUCUCAAAUCAAUCAACUUAAUAGUAUUCUCGGCGAUAUCCAACUCCCAAUCGACAGUCAAUUCAAGUUUCCUACGUUGAGCAUUCCAAACUCCUUUUCAUGCUCUAAUAUUUGUUUCAGCAUGAAACUAAAUGAAAUCAACCACAACUCAGCUUUUUCUCCUUUCAUGAAGGUGGAAGAGAAGCCAAAGAGCUUUAUCCAAAUCAGGGAUCUACCAAAGCCAUCAAAGGCAUCUAGCCCUGCUUUGUCUGGUAACAGAAUAGCUUUGAGGUUGCCAAUGGCUCAAAAGCAAGAGCAUGAGGACAGCGAUUCCACGCAUCAUUCUCAUAACAGUCCAAGAUCCAAUCCUAAGCUCAGCAAAGAAGAGAAAAGAAGAAAUAAUCUGAAGAGCAUCAUGAAGCUCAUCCAGUCCAGAAAGGCAGACACGUUGCAAGAGUUGAACCAAUUCGGGGAUGAUGACAUUAUCCUGCAAAGAAGUCCUAAGCCAAUCUCAAAGAACUCAAAGCUCUCUCAUUUCAGAGGUGUCUCCCACAAUGGAAGGAAAUGGCAAGUCAUGAUCAUGGGAUUUGCCAAAAAGAUUUACUUCGGUGGAAUUUCCAAUGAAGACGAGGCAUCACACAAGUACGAUAAAUACGCUAUCCUAAUGCAUGGUCUUGAGGCUAAGACGAACUACAACUACUCUAAAAGAGAAUUAUGUCAAAUCCUAAAUUCAGAGGUGGAUCUGGAUUAAGCCAUCUUCCAGGAAUUCAUUAAUAUAUAACACUCAUGAAUCUCUAAUUUAUAAACUUAAUCUAAUAACAGCAUGUUU